CCCGCCCCCCCUUCUUCCCCCCUCCCCGGGCAGGGCCGAGAGGAGGGGGCUGGACGACAGGUGUCCAGGCCCAGGAGGAGACCCCCCAGAGACGGGCAGAGACUGGGCUAGAGGGAGAGAGAGAGAUAGAGAGAGGGAAAGUUGCUCCCCCUCCCCCAGUCCGCCCCCUGCCCGGUCCGGGGGGGGCGGUUUGGACCAGGCGGGCCGGGCGGGGGGCGGCCGGGGGGUCCCCAGCUCCCAGCCAUGACGAGCCUGGAGGAGGAUCAGGAGUUUGACUUUGAUUUCCUCUUCGAGUUUAACCAGAGCGACGAGGCCGCUGCCCCCCCCGAAGCCGGGCCCGGGGCUGGCAAAGAACACUAUAACUACGCACCGCCGAACCUGAGCGCGGCCCUGCCGCUAGGCAUGGCCCCCGCCACCGCCUGCCUCGGCCUGCAGGCCGCCAACCCCGUCAUCUCGGUCAUCCCGUCCCCCGGCCACCCCGCCGGCUACGGCACGGGCCUCGACAGCGGGCCCCCGGGCUACUACCUCGCCCCCGGCGUCCGGCCCAACGGCGGCCCCACCCUGGAGAGCCCCCGCAUCGAGAUCACUUCCUACCUGGGCCAGCAUGGCGGCGGCGGCGGGGGCGGAGGCGGAGGCGGCGGAGGCCACUUCUUCCACGAGGCCGCCGCCGAGGACCCCGGCCCGCCGCCGCCCCCCAACUCCUCCUCCUCGUCCUCGUCGUCCUCCAAGCGGCCCCCGGCCACGGCCACGCUCAGCUUGCCCAACCUGGAGGCCUACCGUGACCCCUCCUGCCUGAGCCCGGCCAGCAGCCUGUCAUCCCGCAGCUGCAACUCCGAGGCCUCCUCCUUCGAGUCCAACUACUCCUUCCCGUACGCCUCGCCCCAGACGUCUCCCUGGCAGUCCCCCUGCGUCUCCCCCAGGACCACCGACCCCGAGGAGGGCUACCCACGUGGCCUGGGUGCCUGCACCCUGCUGGGCUCCCCCCGCCACUCGCCGUCGGCCUCCCCCAGGACCAGCGUCACGGAGGAGAGUUGGCUGGGGCCCCGGGGCUCGCGUCCCUCCUCGCCCUGCAACAAGCGCAAGUACAGCCUCAACGGAGGCGAGGCGGCCCCCUACUCGCCGCGGCCCUCGCCCACGCCGUCGCCCCAGGGCUCGCCCCGCGUCAGCGUCACGGACGACACCUGGCUGGGCACCUCCCAUCAGUACACCAGCUCGGCCAUCGUGGCGGCCAUCAACGCCCUGACCACCGACGGCACGCUGGACCUGGGCGACGGCGUCCCCGUCAAGGCCCGCAAGACCGCGUUGGACCACGCGCCCGCCGCCGCCGUCGCGCUCAAGAUCGAGCCGGCCAGCGAGGACCCCGGGCCCCUCCCGCCCCUCGCCGACCUGUCCCCCGAGGAGUUUCCCGGCUUCCAACACGUCCGCAAGGGGAACUUCUGUGAACGUUACCUCUCCGUGCCGCAAGCCCCCUAUCACUGGGCCAAGCCGAAGCCGCCGUCCCCCACGGCCUACAUGAGCCCGUCUCUGCCAGCGCUGGACUGGCAGCUGCCGUCUCAUUCGGGGCCCUACGACCUGCGCAUCGAGGUGCAGCCCAAAUCCCACCACCGGGCGCACUAUGAGACCGAGGGGAGCCGGGGGGCCGUGAAGGCGUCGGCCGGGGGCCACCCCAUCGUCCAGCUGCACGGCUACCUGGAGAGCGAGCCGCUCACCCUCCAGCUGUUCAUCGGGACGGCCGACGACCGCCUGCUGCGGCCCCACGCCUUCUACCAGGUCCACCGGAUCACCGGCAAGACGGUGUCCACCACCAGCCACGAGGCCAUCGUCUCCAACACCAAAGUCCUUGAGAUCCCCCUUCUGCCGGAAAGCAACAUGCGUGCGAUCAUCGACUGCGCCGGGAUCCUGAAGCUGCGGAAUUCGGAUAUCGAGCUCCGGAAGGGAGAGACGGACAUCGGCAGGAAGAACACGAGAGUGAGGCUGGUUUUCCGCAUCCACAUCCCGCAGCCCAACGGCCGGACGCUCUCGCUGCAGAUCGCCUCCAACCCCAUCGAAUGCUCCCAGAGGUCUGCCCAGGAGCUGCCGCUGGUGGAGAAGCAGAGCGCCGACAGCUACCCCGUCAUGGGCGGCAAGAAGAUCAUCCUGUCCGGACACAAUUUCCUGCCCGACUCCAAGGUCAUUUUCGUGGAGAAAUCACCAGAUGGUCACCACGUGUGGGAAAUGGAAGCCAAAACUGAGAAGGAACUGUGCAAGCCAAAUUCACUGGUGGUGGAGGUCCCGCCUUUCCGCAAUCAGAGGAUCACCAGCCCCAUCCAGGUCAACUUCUACGUGUGCAACGGCAAGCGGAAGAGGAGUCAGUGCCAUCACUUCACCUACCUUCCGGCUCAUGUCCCGAUGAUAAAAACAGAACCGAAUGACGACUACGAGGUCGUUCCCGCCUGUGGACCAAUGAACCAAGGAUUAAAUGCCCUCCCCAAGCCGUUCUACAACCAACAGAUGGUCAUGCCCCCCGACCCCGGGGCCUGCCUCGUGGUCGGCUUCCCGUCCUGCCAACAGAGCAACCCGGCGCUGCCGGCCUCGCCCGUUGCCAGCCCCGAGCUCCACGAGCUGUCCCCGGCCGCUUACGCCAAAUGCCUCCCGAACCCCGGGCACGGCCCCCUCGGACUCCAGCCGGCGCCCGCCGGGGGCGGGCCCCCACGGUCCGUGGCCGGGCCGCCGGGCCCCGCCGGCCCUCCGUCUCACGUCGCGCUGCAGCUGCAGUAAACGAGAUCAUCAGGAACGACCUCUCCAGCACCGGCGUCCACUCCUAGCGGGGGGCAUCGGGGUACUCCCCGGCCCAGCUUCCCCCGGGGCCGGAGGGAUCUCGGACUGAAUAAACGCUGGACGUUCCUGGCCCCGCUCCGCUCUCCCACGGGGCUCAGAGCGACGGCCGAGACUCUCCUCUUGGUUUCAAGAGCAACUCUCCGGCGUCCGCGACGCCAAGUCAUCUCAAGCAGACACGCGGGACUGAGGCGGUGGCAAGACUGGCAGAUGGUGGCGGGGGUGGGUCGGGGAGAGGUAGACCCUCUCCCUGGACUCAUCCUUUGGACGACUGGACCUUGCUACCGGAAGUGCCUUAUUCUUCCCGACGGCACCGAGGGCACUUACGGGAGCCGAGAAGAACGCGGUUCCUCCGGGGUUUCCCCGAUCCUGAAUUCUCGGGAGGGGAGCGGGGAGCCCGUGAGAAAGAGACUCGGGGGUUCCUCCUCCUCCUCCACUUCCUCAGCCAUCGAGGGCAGCCCGCUGCCUUAUGCCACGCAUUUCCGAACCUCCCACUCGGGCCCGCUCAUCUGCUUUCCCACCCUCGACCUCCUCCUCCUCCUCCUCCUCCUCCUCCCCAUCCACGCCGGCACACCACGGGGGCCGUGUCCAGCCCGGCUCUUAAUCUGCCUUCGGACCCAACGCAGACGCAAGUCAAAUAGCACAAACCGGUCAAGUGGACGGACAGAGAAUGCGAUCUCCGGAAGCGCUUGCCCGUGGACGCCCACGGGGGCAAAUGUUAGGCCGCGGUGGACCGGGGCGAGGUGAGGCCCCUCGGCCUACCACCCCCCACCGAAAUGGGACCUCCCGGUCGGCGGUAGCCCGGGCCCGUGGAGGGGAAACUGCAUCUCAGACCCCAGCCCGCAUUUUCAGCCAAUAUGGUCGAGGGCGCACGGCCCUCCGACGGGCGUGCGUGCUUUCUCGUCUGCCGCGGCGGAGCAGAGCACUUUAGAGAGCCCAGAAAGACGCAUGCGAACCAAAGCCGUUCUGGACCAAACGGCCAAAGAUUCGACGACUGUAAAUAGCCAUUUCAAAGAGUGUAAAAUAUUUCUUCCACUAUAAGAUUAUUAUUCCGCCGAAGCCUUAUAAACUCUCUGCUUUGGGUAAGGAAAUACUACCAAAGAGAGAAGGUUUUCAUACGCAGCGCUGUACUGUAUAGUAUGUUGGGGGGAUUAGUUCGUAGAGACGGGGUACCCACUAAAUUAAACGUAGCCCUUAAUAUUGCAUUUUUGUACAAUUAACAGCUUAUUACUCCUUAUCACUAGCGGUGACCUAGUAUUUCAUAUAACCAAAAAAGCAUGGUUCAAUUAAGCAAUGUUUAAUCUUAAUGUUGUGCCUUACGCCCCCUACCGGACAUUUCCUUCCAGCGCGCUUCCACUGGAAACCUCCAAGAAAUCUCUCCCAACCAACGUCAGAAAAACGACAGAACUUGCCCUCCGGAAGACAAGACUUUCCCAAAAGCAUCCUGUACGAUGUCUUACUUUCUCCUUCCUUUUUUUUAAAAGAAAAAAAAUAUAUAGAAACAGGAAAAAAAAAACUCAGUAAGCCAUAUUUGUAACAUUUGCACAUUACUGUGAAGGGCAGAGGGUGAAAAUAUGGCUGUAUGUAUGAAAGAUGCUGUUACAGGCUCUGAUAGCUGGCUGCUUCCUUUCCCUCCCCCUCCGUUUAACCCCUUAUCUACCCUGUAUUUAGCUUCCUAGAAGCUGCAUGGAACAUUUCGUAUAGACUGCCAUAUAAAACAAAGAGUUGGAUCGUUGUGUCAGCUCCCUUUGUAGUUAGAAAGUAGACUCAAUAAAGCAAUAUUAUUUUUUUUUUGCCUGA